GGGCUGGGGCGCGGUUCCUGGGACCCAGCGCCGGAGUGUCUGUUUCGAGCCGAGCGCCAGGGCUCGAGCGCGAGUCGAGAGCCUGUUCGCUCCCCUCGCCUCGGAAACCGACUUGCAGCAGCGGCUUUUUAAAAACGCAAGGCACAAGGACGGUCACCCCAGCGGCUAUGUCUCCUGAUCGCUCGCCUUGCCCUCUUUAAAAGCAGCGUUCUCCUCCCCAAAAGACACACUUACCCCCUCCCUUUGAGGUGCCUGAGUUGUGAUUUUUUUUUUUUGCCUUUUUUUCUUUUUCUUUCUUUCUUUCUUUUUCUUUUUUUUUCCUUUUAACUAUGUGCUGCUGUUAAAAACAAAAACAAAACAAAAACAGCAGCUGCGGACUUGUCCCGGGCUGGAGCCCAGCGCGCCCGCCUGGAGUGGAUGAGCUUCUCCAUGAGAGAUCCGGUCAUCCCUGGGACAAGCAUGGCCUACCAUCCGUUCCUACCUCACCGGGCGCCGGACUUCGCCAUGAGCGCGGUGCUGGGUCACCAGCCGCCCUUCUUCCCUGCGCUGACUCUGCCUCCCAACGGGGCCGCGGCGCUCCCGCUGCCGGGGGCUCUGGCCAAGCCGAUCAUGGAUCAAUUGGUGGGGGCGGCAGAGACGGGCAUCCCUUUCUCGUCCCUCGGGCCCCAGGCGCAUCUGAGGCCUCUGAAGACCAUGGAGCCCGAAGAAGAGGUGGAGGAUGACCCCAAGGUGCACCUCGAGGCCAAAGAACUUUGGGAUCAGUUCCACAAGCGAGGCACCGAGAUGGUCAUUACUAAGUCGGGAAGGCGCAUGUUUCCCCCAUUUAAAGUAAGGUGUUCUGGGCUGGAUAAAAAAGCCAAAUACAUUUUGUUGAUGGACAUUAUAGCUGCCGAUGACUGUCGAUAUAAAUUUCACAAUUCUCGGUGGAUGGUGGCGGGUAAGGCUGACCCUGAAAUGCCAAAGAGAAUGUAUAUUCACCCAGACAGUCCAGCUACCGGGGAGCAGUGGAUGUCCAAAGUUGUCACUUUCCACAAACUGAAACUCACCAACAACAUUUCGGACAAACACGGAUUUACUUUGGCCUUCCCAAGUGAUCACGCAACGUGGCAGGGGAAUUAUAGUUUUGGUACUCAGACUAUACUGAACUCCAUGCAUAAAUACCAGCCCCGGUUUCACAUUGUCAGAGCCAAUGACAUCCUGAAACUUCCUUAUAGUACAUUUCGGACCUACUUGUUCCCCGAAACCGAAUUCAUUGCUGUGACAGCGUACCAGAAUGAUAAGAUAACUCAGUUAAAAAUAGACAACAACCCUUUUGCAAAAGGUUUCCGGGACACUGGAAAUGGCAGGAGAGAAAAAAGGAAACAGCUCACCCUGCAGUCUAUGAGGGUGUUUGAUGACAGACACAAAAAGGAGAAUGGCACCUCCGAUGAGUCCUCAAGCGAACAGGCAGCCUUCAGCUGCUUUGCUCAGUCCUCGUCCCCAGCUGUCUCCACUGUUGGGACAUCCAACCUGAAAGAUCUGUGUCCCAGCGAAGGUGAGAGCGACGCGGAGGCCGAGAGCAAAGAGGAGCACGCCCCCGAGGGCUGCGACGCGGCCAAGAUCUCCACCACCACGUCGGAGGAGCCGAGCCGCGACAAGGGCAGCCCCGCGGUCAAGGCGCACGUCUUUGCGGCCGAGCCCGGCGGCCGGCCCCGGGACAGCGGGCGGAUGGAUAAGGCGUCGCCCGACUCGCGUCACAGCCCGGCCACCAUAUCGUCCAGCACCCGCGGCCUGGGCGCGGAGGAGCGCCGGAGCCCGGGCCGGGAGGGCGCGGCCACGUCCAAGGCCGAGGAGGCACGGGCGCUCCCGGGCAAGGAGUCCUUCGCGCCGCUCACCGUGCAGACCGACGUGGCCGCCGCGCACCUGGGCCAGGGCCCCCUGCCUGGCCUCGGCUUCGCCCCCGGCUUGGCCGGCCAGCAGUUCUUCAAUGGGCACCCUCUCUUUCUGCACCCCGGCCAGUUCGCCAUGGGGGGCGCCUUCUCCAGUAUGGCCGCUGGCAUGGGGCCCCUGCUGGCCACCGUGUCCGGAGCUUCCACCGGUGUCUCAGGCCUGGAUUCCACGGCCAUGGCCUCAGCCGCAGCGGCACAGGGACUGUCUGGGGCGACCGCGGCCACCCUGCCUUUCCAUCUCCAGCAGCACGUCUUGGCCUCCCAGGGCCUGGCCAUGUCACCUUUCGGAAGCCUGUUCCCUUAUCCUUACACGUACAUGGCCGCGGCGGCGGCCGCCUCCUCUGCAGCGGCCUCCAGCUCCGUGCACCGCCACCCCUUCCUCAACCUGAACACCAUGCGCCCGCGGCUGCGCUACAGCCCCUACUCCAUCCCCCUGCCGGUCCCCGACAGCAGCAGCCUGCUCACCACCGCCCUGCCGUCCAUGGCUGCGGCUGCCGGGCCCCUGGACGCCAAAGCCGCCGCCCUGGCUGCCGCCAGCCCGGCCUCGGUGGCGGUGGACUCGGGCUCGGAACUCAACAGCCGGUCCUCCACCCUCUCCUCCAGCUCCGUGUCCUUGUCGCCCAAACUCUGCCCGGAGAAAGAGGCGGCCACCAGCGAACUGCAGAGCAUCCAGCGGUUGGUCAGCGGCUUGGAAGCCAAGCCCGACAGGUCCCGCAGCGCCUCCCCGUAAACCCCUCCCCAGAAAAAGUCUCUUCAUUCCAGUCCAGUCACGUCUGCAGUGCACUUUGUUGGAUGUAAAAUAAACCCCGGGCGUGCAGUUGGGGUUAGCCCCGCUUUGUGCAGUCCUGUCUGGGAAGGGGUGCCGGACUCCCACAAGAGAAUGUGCCAGAAACAGGCCCUGUCUUUCUUGGCGUGGUGGUUUAUAUAUCCGGGAUCUGGCUCAGAUUCUGGGGUCUCAGAAAUGUCUGUUGCGCUGAGCUGUGGCGGGUGGGAGUUAAAACAGGUCUGUCCAGAGCACACCUCCAGCGAGGCUGGCCUGGGAGCCUGGGAAGGAAAAGGUAGCCAGACCCACUGGGAGGGGAGGUGUUGAAAGGCUUCUCCACCCCGCCCCCUCCACCACCCCCCAGUGCGGAUUUAUAUUUUUUUUUUUCCUUCACCGUGUCAAGUGGAAACAAAAACAAAUAAAAAUUAAAAAAAAAAAAUACCGGGGGCAAAUGAAUACAUUAACAUGAUUCUGUUUGUGAAGAUUAAAAACUUUAUAGUGACUUGCGUAUCAGUUCUAAAUAAAUUACUGAGCAGCAUAUUUUUUUCGUUGUUGGGGGGAGUUGCUGCCAGCCUUGUUUAGUCUCUAUUAAGGAAAUCUGUGUCUUUUUAAUAUUCUUGUGAUGUUUUAAGGGCCGCUAUAGGUCUCUUCUUGCAUGUUCCACCGUGAUGUAUUUGUGGUUUUUCAUUUUGAAUGCUUGCUUUUAGAGAGAAAAGAACAUGACCCCACAACUUUUCCCCAAUUCUCAUCGGCAGACUCCAAGGGGGAGGAUUUAAAGGGAAGGGAUGGGGAAGACACACACACACACACACACCAAAAAAUGAGUUUAUUUUAUCUAAGCUCUGUAGCCGGAUUCAUGUCUCUGGCGGUUCUUUCUCUUUCCUGUAUAUGCAAUAACAAGGUUUUAAAAAAAAAAAUAAUAAAGAAGA